UCCCACCCCUUCUGCCAACAUGAUAAGUGCAAAGAGACGAGCCUUUCGAAUUCAUGGAUAAAAAACCAAAAGAGAGGUAACUUCACAAGACUCAGGAAAGUUUUGACAGAGACAGCAGCUGCUGCUGCUGUGGAGUUUUUUGUCCCGUCCAUGAGCUACUAAAAAAAAAAGAAAGAAAGAAAAAAGCUGAGCUGAGGGCGCACGGUACGCUGCACAAUCCCAACAAGGACGCUGAAGAUACACUUCCCAGAGAAAGAGAGUGAGAGAGACUGAGAUAGAGAUCCUAUCUCACUCUCAGCUGAGGUCCUCGGAAGAUCGUGUCUAUCGUCUCGAAACUGCAGGACCAUGUCUAGUAAAGCAACUUUAGCACUGCUCAUCUAUGGAAUCAUAAUGCAUCACAGCAUCAACUGCUCGCCUGUAGGAAUAAGCUUUCCAAGCAUAAGACUUGACAGUGAGCUUUAUGAUGAGGGUGGCAACUCCUUGCCCUCCCUGGAUUAUGAUGGAGAUCAGUUGGAAGUGAGAAGCCCCUCUUCUGUCGCAGAUGAUGUCUUCACCAUGUUCUACCCAUCAGAGAAAAGUGGGGGCAAAACGCUGGACGACAGCUCGGAGCCCCUCUCUAAGCGACACUCAGACGGGAUCUUCACAGACAGCUACAGCCGCUACAGGAAGCAAAUGGCUGUCAAGAAAUACCUGGCGGCGGUCCUGGGGAAAAGCCUUGAAGACAUAGGUAUUCAACAUAUCCUACAAGCGAUAGACUUUGACGCCCUCCCGGACGGGGAUGAGCUUGACGCUUUUUUGGGAGACUGGCUGAAACAGUUUUCUCCCGAAUUUGCGGUGAGUUUCCGGCUCUUUCCCGAAACUGGGAUUUCUCAAGUCCCUCCUUCUUUUUUUUUCUUUGUUCUAUUCUUUUUUCUCACUUUGUGAGGUUGUUUUAGACUCUCGAAUCAAACUCUCCUUUCACCUCAUCUGUGCUUUUGGCUCACAGACAACAGGAACGCAGGUUGCUAAUGAUGAUGACUAGAAAAGGAAAUUGGUCAAUCUGACAUAAUCUUUGAGGUUAAAGUGGCAGCUUAGACUUUUUAAAGAGAGGUAAUAUAAAGAUACUAUCUACCUGUAGUGGAAAGAUGCUGCACAAUAGUGAGUUUGUAGGAAAGUUAAUAUAUCCUCUGAGCAGUAGAAGGAUAUAUUGUGUUAAUAAUGGCCACAUUAACACAGAUAUUUUGCAAAACAGAAACUGGUGCAUUUGCACAUCACGUCCACUAGCAUAUGACGUUUUGCCAAAGGAAAAAAAAAUUAACUUUGAGAAAUAUUUUCUAAAAUGAAUACUUGAGAUAUUUAUGUGGGUGCUAGGUAUCUGAGUGUAGCAGACACGAUAAUGUAGUUGCCCAGGCCACCUUUGUUACUACAACAAAAAUGAGGCAUAUUUGAAUGUCUUUCCACAUCUGCUUCACAUUCUCCUGAUUUUGUUGUUAAUAAUUGAUCAUUGAGGGGGAAUUAUUGUUAAUGAAAACAGUAGCUGUGGCUGUUUUAGGAUAAAUCUGUUGCCUAACACAGCUUUGGCCAUGCUUAGGAUAUUUUCCUUUGGAAAUUUGACGUAUUGUUGAUGUUACUGCCACCUGUUGGCAGAGCAUAGGUUUUGCAAGGUUGCUAAUUGUGGAAUCCCAGAGACAGUGCAGAUGUGAAUGUGAUCAAAAACGCAGGAGAAAGAGUACACGUAGUUGUGUAGCUAAAUUGAAGUUUACAGAGACCCAAGUAAAGAAAAUAGCCCAAGCUAAUGGCCCUAUACAUUUUUUUGUUGAGCUUUUGCACACUUUAAUGACAUGCUAGGCUAAUGUAAGCGUGGCUUCUCUAUAUUUCACAUAAAACCACUGAAAAUUGUAUUAGUUGGGGUUUCAAGUGAGUUUGUGUGAAUAAAACUUUGAGUAAGAGCAGUUCUCCCACAUUAUAAACCAAAUACUUUAUUGUGAACAUUGUAAUUAUUUAUGAGCAGUGAUUUAGCACAGCUGCAGCCGAGUCUUCUCUAAAAUAGAAAAUGUGGCGUGGGUCUAGACUGACUUGCUUUUCAGUCCUGAUCUAGUUUGAAAUCUUUGAGAAUGUUGAUAUGGUGCAUACUAGGUUUUAGUGUAUUUACUCUGUUGCUUAUUUAAUUCAUAUCUCGUAACACUUCCAACAAUCUGCUAAUUUGAAAAUACAGAAUCCCAAUUUCAAUAAGAUUAGAUUCACUUACCAACUAAUAUUUCCUCUAAUUAAAGUAUUUCGAUCAAACUGAAUAUCACACAGCCAGUGAAAAGUGGACCCUUUUCCCUAAAAACAUGUCCUCCAGACACCAAAAGUAUUGUUGUUGUGUUCUCUUACUACAUGGAAAUUGUAUUAUUCAUAAUUUCUGGUUGUAAACACAACGCCACCUCCUGAAAUCAGAAUUCUUUAGUAUCCAAAGUGGCCUCUGUUCAUAUAAAACCUAGUAAAAGUUACAGGUAAAAACUACUUAUCAGCACUCAUGAGGUUUUGCAUGUUAUUAUUCCAGUGACACACAUAGUGCUGACAGAAAGCAGGCUCUUUCAGUGUUCAAACGUAUGAAAUACAGAGAAAUUUCUUGCUACUGGCUGCUACAUGUAGGAUUAAGAAGCCUACAUGGAGCUUCUUAAUUUGACUAGAUGAGGACCUUUUACAGUGACCUGGAGAAAAGAAGCUAAAAUAAGAGGAACAUAGGCUUCCCUUCACACUUUAUAGUUUGAUUCAUUGCAAUAUGAUACAUUAAAAUGAUGCAAAUGAAUGACCAUUAGCAACUAAACGAGGAGUAAUUCUUUUUAAGAUUCAUAUUUCACUAGAAAGUCUCUAAUUAUAAUUCUUAUGUGCCUUAGUGAAAGUGAAUAUUACAAACCUUUAGUAUUAUCCCGUCACUCUCCUACAUAUCAACCUUGAGAUCAAAUGCCAUAGGAAGAUACAGCAGCAUCGCCUUCUUAUGAAUUUGACUUGUAGUAUAUAAUAUUUUGAUCACUGUCUAAACUAGCUCCAAUGACUGGUUAAAAAAUUCAACAACCCUGCAGAUCUCAUGCAUUACAUGUAUCAUAAAUAUGUCUGUCUGCUACUCAGAUAUCACUAAAAAGACCCAAUAUUAACAAUACUUAAUCUCAUAACAUCACGCAAAAGCUCUGCCUGCACUGAAUGCUCAUCACAGCAAAAAUACUUUUCCCUCUAACCUAUUCCACAACCCUGAUCCCAAUGCACAUGCACUGUUCAUAUUGGGACAAUCAAAACUGGCACAUAUAUUUCAAAAUCUUGAUGCUCCAAAAAUCUGCUUGAUUUCCUCACACCGUGACCCAUGUAAUUAAAGUUUUUUAUGCCAACUACAUGCAUGUACGGUAAAAAAACCAAAAAAAACCAAACAUGUUAAACCAAUUAGAAGAAAUACAUAAUGCAUAAUUGAAUAAUCAAAUUAAAAUGAUGCAAAAACUGAUCUCAGUUAAAAUAACAGUAAAGUAUCUCAGCUUUGGUGAGAAUUUAAAAAAAAAUUACAAUAACUUUACAAAUGACAGCACAAUAAGAGCCUUGCAGGUCUUCAUUUACAAAGGUAGCUAAGUUAAGAUUUUUUUCUUUUUACUUUUGCAAAUUUCGCCUUUAAUUUUCAUCUAAAAAUAAUUUAAUCAAGCAUUAUUAUUGUGUUGUGUCUGAGAAUUGGCACACAUUAAUUAAUCCACUUUAUAUUAAACAUAGAAGGUUAUCAGUAAAUAUAGUGUUGAAUCACCAGGUGUGAACAUUUUUAGAGUGUUUUAAUGAGGUAAAAUUAAUUAAAUCCCUGCCCCUUUGACAGUUUGUAUUAAGUUUCUACUGCUCUUUGGAUUUGUUCAAUUUUCAACAAAUUCAUUAAGAUAUGAUACCUUUCUGCCUCAGACAAAUAAACAUAUGACUAUUUGUAAGUUUACAGUGCCUCACUGAAAUGAGUCCAUGUCCCGUUAGAUUCAGAUGAUUUCCAAAAGUAGAAAUUAUCAGAUUUGAGAGGAGGAACAGAGAAUUCGUUUUUACUUUUUCCUAUUUUUUUCCUCCCACUUCAGCAAUGUUUACAAAGAGAUCCUCCACUUUGACCCAUGUAAACUGCCAAUGCUUUGUAUCUACCAACUUCAAUCCAAUGUGUUUGGAGAUUUUCUCUUGUCUCUUUGUCCAUAUAAUAAGUCUCAAUGACAUUUCAAGCAUAAAAAUCCACAAAACAAACAAUACUUGUUACAUGGUUUUCUCCAUCAGUUUGUUCUGUGUAAAGGACUUACAAAGUGGUUUGAACUCUGGAUCUAUUGUGCUUCCCUAUUUUCUGUCAUGUGAACAGCUGUACAAACUCCAAGCAGACUGCAUGAUUAAAGUAAUUGCACCAGCUCAUUGCAUCUGUGCAGACAACUAGAUGGUUUUGCUUGCUUUCUGACUUCUGCGUACAUACAUAUCUACCAUUGCUGGAUGUUUUGUGCUCUGUUCUUCUCACUUACUCUUCUAAACAAGUAGUUUGUUGGACCUUGUUUUGAUUGUACUUUAUUGUUGCUUAAUCUGAUGGAACCUAUUAAAGCCUAUUAUUACUUUUUAAAGAUACUUCCAAAUAAGCAUCUUAUGAUAUCUGCCUGCAAAUAGAGGCACAAAAGCUGCCAUAAGUGAUGACAUAUUAAGGACGGAAAGCACAUAAACUGAGGGGAAGCAGGCAAUAUAUCUGCUGAUUUUCAGGCAAUGUUAACCAAACCAUUACUCACUUCCAGCUGAGUUAAUCUGAAAUAUCCCCAAAAGUAAAUUUAUUUCAGGAAUUCAACACAAAAUGUCAGUUUCAAGUAUUAGCUAUUGUAGAUUCAUUACACAUGGAGUGACAUAUUUACUUUUGGGUUUGAUGAAAAUCUAAUGAAAAAAAAAGCAUUUAGACUAAACUAAUUUUAAAAAAAGCUAGUUGUCCAGCAGAUAGUCAUUACUAUGCAGCUCAAAUAGGGCAAGCCACAAAGAAGCCUCCUAUUUAAAACCUUCUGCAGGCAAGUCUACCAAGAGAAAGUUGAGUGGAAGAAAAAAGUACAUUAGAAAGAGGUGCACAACCAACAGAGAUUAUGCUGCACAGAAUGGCUCUGUAUAAUAAUGGAUUUCAUCUCGUCUGUACUGUAGGUUCUGGUGUCCUUAUUCCUCCUAUUGAUAGUGCUAGAUUCAGAAUUGGAUUGCUGCAGUUUCAAAGUGUGUCACAAUCAUCCCAUGGUUGUAGUCAUCCCACUACUACUUGUGCAUUUUCUUCUAGCACAAUUUUCUCUUCAACUCAGCUUUCCUUAAAUGUGAGAACAAGCAGCUUCUCCAGUGGUUUAUCUUAAUUUUAGGUGCCAAUGAUUGCUUGCUGAACAACUGCCAAGUCGUUGCUUUUCACUUUGAUUGUGUCUUCUAUAACCUUGCAUUUCUCUGUUAAAAGUUUAAUGUAAUGUUGAAUUUUUUUUUUAAAUAUUGAGUUUGGGGAUUUUAUAUCAUGCAUGCUUAAAUCAAAAUAUACAGAAACUUUUCAAGAUGUGUCACUUAAUGUGUAAUGAACCUGGAGAGCAUAUGACAAAUUUUUAAAAUUGAAUUUCUGAAAGAAAUCACCUCAUUGACAAUGUUCUAAUUCAUUAAUUUCCUGUAUGAGGAAUAAAAAGAGAACAGGAUUAAAGUUGUUCCAUCCCUCUGUUACUGUAUCAAUUUUUCUUUACAGGCUUUGUGACGCAGCGGAGCAGUUUGCAGCUGUGGUGCCUUGCAUCGACUAUAACAAAAAAAAAAGAAAAAGGAAAAAAAAAAAAACAAUAAAAAAAAUGCCAUGAAUCAUGGAUGGCUAUUUAGUGGCCCUACAAUGCUGCACAUCUUUGGCGCACACUUCAUCACAAAUUUUUUUGUCAUUUUCGUCUCUGUGUUUGGUAGGAUCUUUAACUGCUUAGACAUCAAUUCCUAUUGCACUGCUUCUCGUUUGGCACUUUGUUUUAGAGCUCUAUGUUUUUGUGAAAACAGCGGGGGAGGGGGAAGGUGGCAGCUCCCCGAAGAAAUAUGACAUGUAUGAUAAUGAAAGCGCCAAUAGCCUUACAAAAAUGAAUUAUUCUUCAGAGAUACAUACAUAUAUAUAUAUAUAUAUUUACUGUGUGGAAAGUGAAUAUUAGAUUACUAUAAAGUUUGAGUCAAUAAAUGUCUGAAAAAAAAGGUGUUGUAUGAUUUGUAUGAAUAAAUUUUUGUAAACAACAAA